ACAUCAUUUUGGACCAAUAAGGACACACUUGUUGGACGGCUGAGAGUAGGCGGGACUUCCCAGGGCAUUUAGCAUUGCGGCCUCUGCUGAAGGACACCUGACUGUCUCUGUCUCUCUCUGUCUGCUCAGGGUCGAGUGUGAACUAAAGGACCAUUAUCAAUCCAUCAUGGGAGGACACGACGCCGGAACCCACCAGUUCACUGGGUUUGCAAAGUACUUCAAUGCAUACACAAUCACAGGACGGAGGAAUUGUGUUUUGGCCACAUAUGCCAGCAUACUAGCCAUUGGCCUUUUCUUCAAAUUGAAGCCCAAGAAACAGGCCGCCGUCACAGAAAAGUGAUCAUGUGUCCAUUUUGACCAUCGUGGAGAAAGCAGCUGGACAUGCUUGUAAUAAAAUGACUGUUUGGUUUCCCUAUGUUAACAAUAAAGAGUGUUUAUGUCCAAAACAUUAAAAAAA